AUACACAGUCAUCCAUGGAUCUACCUUUGGUUUUUGAGGCCCUUCUUCCAUGGAUUCUCGGCGUAGGAGUUCUAUUCAUAAUAUGGUUCGUACAUCAACGCCCACAAGCUAAGACUCCACCUGGUCCACGGCCAUGGCCUAUCAUUGGCAAUUUGAAUCUCCUCACAGGCUCAUCUCCUCAUGAAUCUCUGCACUUGCUGUCUCAAAAAUAUGGAGAUUUGAUGCUCUUGCACUUUGGUUCCAAACCUGUGUUAGUUGCCUCGUCUCCCGAGUCCGCUAAACUUUUCUUGAAAGACCACGAUGCGGUGUUUGCCUCUCGGCCUCCUACGGCCGUGGGAGAGCACACCUUUGACCGGUCCGAUCUGGCGUGGUCUCCUUAUGGAUCAUGGUGGCGCCGCGGGUGGGAGUUGACCGGUUCGACCGGUUAGCCCUUGACUCACUCCCUCCUCCGGGUCAAUGUCCGGUCCGGUUUUCAAAACAUUGGUUGGCGGGAGGGAGUGAUACAUCAGCAGCAUCAGUAGAAUGGGCAUUCCAAGAAUUGCUCAGGAACCCAAGCGUCAUAGAAAGGGCAACCGAGGAGCUGGAUAGAGUGAUCGGGCGGGAGAGAUGGGUAGAAGAGAAACACUUUCCGCAGCUACCGUACGUGGAAGCAAUCAUAAGAGAAACAUUCAGGUUGCACCCGCUCGGCACACUGCUUCCGCCACACUACUCCAUGGAGGAUUGCAAUGUCGCGGUGGCGAGGGGGACCACUGUUCUCGUGAACGUCUGGUCUAUCGGAAGGAACCCAAAGGUUUGGGAAAGAGCGGAGGAGUUCUACCCGGAGAGGUUUUAGGGGAAGGAGGUGGACGUAAAAGGACAAGACUUUAGACUGUUGCCGUUUGGGUCGGGUAGGAGGAAGUGCCCGGGCUAUCCAGGCCUGGAAAUGAAGAUUGUGCGGGCGACAUUAGCCAAUCUGCUGCACGGGUUUAGCUGGAAGUUAGCUGGAGACAUGAAACCACACGAUGUAUCGGUGGAAGCGGUUUAUGGCUUGACCACUCACCCCAAGUUCCCGCUGUCUUUCAUCAUUGAACCAAGACUACCCGCACAUCUCUAUUCGGUUUAAUUAAUAUUCUGUAUGUAUGCAAUAAUGUGGCCACUACCCAGUUCAUAGUUUCAGAUGCUCUAAAAUUGUACGAGUAAAAUGGUUCCCAAGGUUCUGAAUAGGUCAGUGAUCUCAUGGGCUUUUUUGGGUUUAUACAACUCAAUCGCUAUCUGACUCUAUCCUCUCUCUCCUAUCUUUUCCGUAAAAUCCUCUCAAGUCAAUUACCAUCUUCUUCUUUCACUGGAAUUCUUUGAUUUGAGUUCUUUCUUUAAACAUAGUGCGAAUCGGGGUUGCGAGAUGCAGAUUGCAGGGACAACAAUGGAGGCAAAGCUUUUCAUUCGAUUGACGGUUAAGGAUAAAAUAAAACAUGGAAAGGUAUGGUAGCAGUUUAAUUUUGCUUCCAUCCAUACAAUUGGGUUUAAUCUUCUUUUUUCUCUUUCUUUUUAUUAUAACUUCAAUCAAUUUCUUUUGUGUAAAGUUAGUGUUGAAUCAUU